AUGAGCACCUAUUAUACUAAUUUAUCACAACAAUAUUCCAUAAAAUUAUAAUUAAUUGAUUAAUCUGUUAAAUAAUGGGAAAAAUGCUAAGGAAUAGCUUUUGACUAUUCUGGGUCAAUUAUGGUCUCAACCGAAAAGAAUGACAUUAAGGUAUGGAGUUUUCUAAAUGGAACAAUCAAAAUCUAAAAUACUUUAUAUGGACAUACUGAUUAGGCCUAAUGCUUAGUUUAUAGUAACAAAUAGAAUUCUUUCAUUUCAUGUUCUUAAGACAAAUCAAUAAGGUGCUGGCAAUUGGACUAAAUGAGUGGAUUUGCUCAUAGCCUUAUUAAUAACAUACAGAUUAUGUAAUAUUUAUAUUAUUGAAUUCAAAUGAAGAUUUACUAUUUUCUGGAAGCUUUGACAAAUCAAACAAAGUUUGGAAGGUUGAUUUGAACCAAAAUAAAUUGAAAUUUCUGUAUUCACUGAAUAACCAUAAUAAUGAUGUUGUUUCUUUGAGCUUAAAUGAAUCAGAGAAUUUAUUAGUAUCAUGUGCAAAAGGUUACAAUUAAAUUAUUAUUUGGGAAAGAAAAGAAGAAGGCAAAUUUGAAUUCUAAUAUUUUGUUACAUAACCAUUUUAAGAGUAUGGGCAUAAAAUUAAGUUUAUUAAAGAAAAUUAAUUUAUCUUGAUAACUAAUGCUAACUAAAUAGAUAAAAUUUUUAUUUUUGAAAGAAUAGAAGGAGUCUUUUAAGUGAAUUAGAGUAAAACAAUUCAUUUAAUGACAAAUAAUAAAAUUUAUGACGAAUAUCAUUUUCCAAUAAUUUAUAAUAAAGUGAGGGGCUUGAUAGUCCUAAGAUAUAAAAUGUUUAUUUAUAUUCUUAAAGAAUUUAAUGAUGGGAAGUACAAUAUUGUUGAUUAGUUGAGUUGUGCCACAUAUAGUAUUUAUGGAACUAUCACAAACAAUGGACAGUAUUUGGUGUACUGGUAUAACAAAAAUCAAGGAUAUUCCAUAUAUGAAUUAUUAAAUAAAUGA